AUGACACGCAACGACGCCCGCUUCAGCACCUACUCCGGCGCCCCAUCUCUCCAGCCAUCUCUCGCUCCAACGCUCGACACAACCUCCAACCGCUCGUCCACGAACCACUACACCACCUCGCGCUUCAGCGAACAGACCUUCCUGACGCCACAAACGAUCCCAGAGAACGGCGGCCGCACCGUCUACGGUAACACUGCGGCCACUGGCAGCUCCUUGACGCUUUCAUCUACAGACCCUAAGACGGCGGAGAUCAAGUGCUUUGCGAAUGUGCUGGAUCGUAUGAGCGAUGAGAGGGCAGAUAAGCAGCGUUUUGUGAUGAACGCGCACAAGACGGAGGAGGUGAGCAAGAUUGCACUCGGGGCCAAAGUGGAGAGGGCGCUGUCGAGGAGGAUGGUGGGGCAGGAUGCGGUUUUCCGGGCCAAGGCUAAGUGCCCGAUUGAUGAGAAGAGGGCAUUGGAAGUUGAGGCAAACUAG